ACUAUAACUCCCGGUAGCGAAUGUGCAUUGUAUUGUUAAAGUAGUGAAGUUACUGUUGAUGUUUUAUACGCUUGUUCUCUCAGAACUUGACAUAAUGCAACGUAGCUAAUGAAUACUCGAAUUUACAGAGCACAAACAUGGAAUAUAAAAAGCCUGAAAUAUUUUAUUAACUAUGAAUGUUUUUACUGUGUAAUCACAGCUAAUGUGUUAGCUAGCUAGCUAGCAAGCAAGCUCCUGGUUUCAGAUAAGCCUGAUGCAGUGGCAAAAUUAUUCUCCAGUGAUUUGUAUUCUUAUUACGAAACUAACUUAAACUAGUAAUCAUGAAAACGAUUUACUUAUUGAGAUCCGUUACUAUGAUAUAAUAAGCAAGUGUACUGCUUGGCUCAUGGAUUUGUUCGAGACUGGCAAAAUUGUUAGAGUUUGUGCCCCAAUGGUUCGCUAUUCAAAACUGGCGUUCAGAUCCCUGGUGCGGAAGUAUGACUGUGACAUCUGUUUCACUCCUAUGAUAGUUGCGGAUGAUUUCUUGCGCUCGGGAAAAGCCAGAGACAGCGAACUGACCACUAACAACGGUGACCGACCUUUGAUCAUCCAGUUUGCUGCAAGGGAUGCCCUAACCCUGGCUAAGGCUGCUUGCGUGGUCGCCCCCUUUUCCGAUGGCGUAGACCUGAACUGUGGCUGUCCCCAAAGAUGGGCCAUGGCAGAGGGGUAUGGAGCAUGUUUGAUUAAUAAACCACAACUUGUAAAAGAUAUGGUAAGACAGGUCAGGAUUCAGGUUGACAAUCCCAACUAUGCAGUGUCCAUUAAAAUAAGAGUUCAUAGGGAUGUGAGGAAAACUGUGGACCUUUGUCAGAAGGCAGAAGCAGCAGGUGUGUCCUGGAUCACUGUCCAUGGACGGACACCUGAUGAGCGGCAUCAACCAGUGCAUCAUGAUGCAAUCAGGACCAUAAAGGACAGCCUCACCAUCCCAGUUAUUGCCAAUGGUGAUAUCAGGAACCUCCAAGACAUGGAGUCCAUGCAUGAGCUGACAGGGGUAGAUGGUAUGUCCUGUAAGCCUCCAAAGAUGACUUUGCAGUGGACUGCAGUGGCCGUGUUCCUCUACAUUGAAAUUGGAAUUCUUAUUAUCCUCUGUCUGCCUUUCAUCUCUUGUCAAAGAUGGCAGAAGAUUUUCAAUCUAAACAUAUGGAACACUGUUUUUCGAUUCUGGAACAAGGGAUUCCUGGCCAUAAUCAUCAUCCUCAUUGUUCUUUUUCUGGACGCUGUGCGGGAGGUUAGGAAAUACUCCGCAGCAGAGCCCAGCAAAGAGGCCAAGAUGAACCCCAACGUAUUUGACCACCUGCACAUGAAGCUGUUCAGGGCCCAGAGGAACCUGUACAUUUCUGGCUUCUCCCUUUUCCUGUGGCUGGUUAUGCGACGGGUGAUCAUGUUGAUAAAUCAGCUGGCAGUGGCCACGGGCACCCACAAAGAUCUUCAUGUCCAGGCAGAAGCUGCUAACCAGGCUGCAAUCAAGUACAGGGAGGACAUUGAGCUGCUCAAACAGGCUUUGUUGGAUGAUACAGGAGAUGCCAGAGGUGCACUGGGGAAUGAGCUUCUUAGAAAAGAAGUGAAGAAACUCAGAGAGGAGCUUAGAGUUUCUGCUGAAGCUCUGACAAAGUCCAGCUCAGAAGUCCAGGUCAUGAAGAAACAGACAGAGUCUCUGACCAAAGAGUAUGACCGUUUACUUCAAGAGCACCAGAAACUACAAAAUCAGAUGGAGAAUGAGGGUAAGAAAGGCAUGUGAGACAAAAUGAUUUGCUCCAAUAGGAAAAGAGCUUCACAUUCAGGACACUGCCAAGACACACCAUGGCACUAAGCCACCUUCCCUCCUGGGUUUGCUUCAGUCCAAAGCACUGCAUGUUACCAAGCAGGUGUAUUGACAGAAUAUCUGUGCUGCAAAGUCACCUGCCCUUAUCCAUCCAAGUUUUUUGCUUGUGCAGAAAUUCAGGAUACUGUUAGAGGUAUGAAUGUUAAUUUCAUGUUAUAGCUUUAGAUACUCUGUAGCAGCCUGCACUGAUGAUGAAUGAGAAUAAAUAUGUGUUGAACGUUUCAUAAUUUUUAAAUAUGGUAGAUUACUAGGUGGAAUGUGCACAGUUGUUUUGUACUAAUUUAAGUAAAUGUAAAUUCUAUUAGGUAAAAAUCCAUAAUGUUGGGUAGAAUAUAUUUACACGGAGGCUGUUGAGGCCUGUUAUAUUCUUGUAUUGUCCCAGUGGAACCAUUCAGGAGCAGUAAUGCCUGUCUUUGUCAAAGUGAAAUUAAAUCAAAAAGAUUUUGCUUAUUGUACCCCUGCCCCAUUUCUCUUAAUGUUUUAAAGGUGCAGAUUUGUUUUUGGUUGAUUUUAUUUUGUUGUUUGUUUGUUUAAAACUGAAUUGUAAGGUAAUAAACAGCAAUUUCAAGGCUGUGAGUUUUUAAAUUUUUAUUUUUUAGAAACUUUAAUUAGAAAUGAUAACUACACAUACAGCUACAAAAGAUAAAUAAGUGAAAACAUCACAGUGAAACCAUUUCCAUACAAUGGUAAAUGCUCUGAUUCAGUUAAACCCAUUUGAACCAUUCUUGGAAAUAUUUUCCUGUACUGUGGAGGUAGGUAAAUUACACACAAGUUUGGUAUGUCAGCUGAUAUAUGGUUGCUGAUCUUUGAUAUCUAGAGCAAUUUAACAAUCUUGUUUAGUGCAAAUUACAUACAUUAUGAUUUUUCUUUGAGGUAGCUCUGUUGUAACUCUUUUUAACCCAAACUUUAAGUAACCUGAGUGUUCAUAUUGGGGGGUAGGUUCUGUUAUGUCAUAGGAUUUUAGAGAAUAAUAAGUUUGUAUGUGAUAAAACUUUCCACUUUCUGCUCAGCAAAGUGAAAAAAAAUUUUUUUGAAGACUUGAUAGUGAAUAUAGUGACCUUUUGCAUUGUAGCAGAGAAAAAACUUAUUGAUAUACCUUAAAAAUGGAUUAUCUAUAUUAUUAAGUACUAAAAUGCUAUAAGCACUUUUAAUGGAAAUGUAAAUAAUUGAACUACAGUAUCUGUAGUGGGUGUAGUGUAUAUAUUUUCCUGAUGACUGCAUUAGGAGAAGCUGUAGUGUUCUUUGUAUCCUUCUCUGACCUGUUUUAUUGGGAAUCUUGUUUUGCUGUUAUUUGUUAAAUUGUGGUUGAUGUGCUGGAUUUCCUUGGACUUCUAUUGUGAACAAUUCCUUAGUCCCUGGAAUAUCUGGCAGAAAAGCUGUUUUUCACAUUCAAUUAAGGAUAUACAUUUAAAAAAAAUAAACCAGUGAAUGAAA